AUGGUGUGGCACCGCGUAUAUUUCCUGAAAGCGGAAACCACAAUCGGGGACGAUGAGGGGGACAUGUGCGUAACAGUGGUCGAGACAGGCGGAACCUCUCUAGUCAAAAGCCAGGGCUCUCCGCAGGAUGCCUUUAUAAUUCAGUACCUGGAGAGGAGAUUGACUCAGAUAGAGGAGCGUCUGAAUCUCUGCGAACAAAACACAGUGAGCGUAACCCAGAAGACCUAUGAUCUAUCCUCAGAAAUAAGAGGUCAUCUGUCAACCAUAAAUGCUAUGAGAUCCGAAGUGAGGAGCCAGCUCGAUGGCAUCUCUGUGCGUGUCGAGCGAGUGGAGAGAGAGCUGGAAUAUCUUGAAAACAAGAUGCCUGUCCAAUCUGACAUUGACAUUGAGGAUGCACUGCUCGAACAACAGAUAAAAGCAGCAGAACUGGACCAACUAAAAAGGAAAACUAAAAUCAAAGUGGAAAAUGAUUGCAAUGUAGCCUUGAGUCAAAUUAAGUCACUCAAAAUCAUAAAGAAGAUAGGAGACAUCGCAGGCUCCUGGUUCAAGGACCCUUCUCGUGGAUCGACCAAGGUCUACCUGCUGAGUGGAAUUCGUAACGAUACACUACUGGAGUAUGCAUCUCUACAAAGCUUCACAGAGAAAAUCACUGUCCCCCCAGUUAAAGUGGUCAGGCUGCCAUUUUCAUGGCAGGGAACUGGCCACAUGGUCUACAAUGGAUUCCUCUAUUACCACAAAGCAGACACACCCAACCAGAUAUUAAAAGUUGAUCUGUCCAAUGGCACAGUAGUCGACAGCACCCUUCUCCCAGGAGCUGGUCGUCUCCCAGUGUACAGCUUGAACCCGAACACCUACUUGGACAUGGCUGUGGAUGAACUUGGGCUUUGGGUUAUUUAUGCUGACCCGGAAUACGGGGGAAACUUGGUUCUAACUAAACUGGAUAAAGGAAAUUUAGCAGUUGAAUACAUCUGGGAUACACAGUGCAAAAGUUAUGAUGCUGAGGGCGCAUUUAUCAUAUGUGGGACUCUUUAUGUCGUCUACAACACACGUUAUGGUGGACGGUCAACUGUACAGUGUCUCUAUGAUAUCCAUGACACCAUCCACAGUGCUGAGAGUCCUGUGGUGUUCUUUCCUAAACGCUACACAAGCCACAGCAGCAUCAACUACUUACCUGGAGACAAACAAUUGUAUGCAUGGGAUGAUGGCUAUCAGACAAUAUAUGAAGUGGAGACACACAUCAGUGAUCAAGUUAUAGCUGAAUGA